AUGGUCAUUCAAAAGCGCAAGGCGGCCGAGGCUGACGCUACCUCAUCCCCCUUGGCCUCAAAGCGUCGUGUAAGCGUACUGGAGCGAAUGAUCAAAACCCCCGAGGGCCAGCAGUUGAUAGUCAUCGACUCGCUAGAGGCUGCGGCAGAUAUUUUGACCCGCGACCCGCGACCUCCACGCGCCAUGAUUACAGGCCGGAUUGUGUUUACGGAGCGAUGUGACCCAGCCUCUAAGGUGCUUAACGUGUUCCUCGUGGCAGUAGACGACGAUGGACCGCUCCAUGAACUCCAAGCUCUGACACGAGACGCCCCUGGCGACCUUAAGCGACGGGUUGGUAGCGAAAUGCACCAAGUCGACUCGUCAUGCAAAGUCUGGUUAUGGUGA